AUUCUGUUAUUUUCUUUGUUUUCGCUAAACCCUAAAUCUUCAACGGCGGUCUUUGUCGUUCUUCCUCGCUCGCCGCCGCAUUCCAUCUCUCUAAAACCCUCAGGACUCAAGAUUCGAUUUUGUUAGCUUGAUCGCAGUAUAAUGGCAUCAAAACCUGGAGCCGCAACUUCAACGUAUUCACCAAAAAUCGUCGCGAGAACUCGCCCUCCUAUUUUCAAGGAUUCCGACCUCGAUUGGACUCGUCCUGAUGGCCGUGGAUUCCACCAAUGUCGACCUGCCUUACUUCAAACCGGUGCUGUGAGUUCUGCUUCUGGUUCUGCUUAUGCUGAGUUUGGGAACACAAAAGUCAUUGUUUCAGUUUUUGGGCCAAGGGAGAGUAAGAAAGCAAUGGUUUAUAGUGAUGUUGGUAGAUUGAAUUGCAAUGUUAGCUAUACAACGUUUGCUUCCCCAAGUGCUGGGCAGGGAACUGAUCACAAAGAGUACUCAUCGAUGCUACACAAAGCGUUGGAAGGCGUUAUAAUGACAGAGACGUUUCCAAAGACAACUGUUGAUGUUUUUGCAUUGGUGCUUGAAUCUGGAGGCAGUGACCUCCCUGUUGUGAUAUCAUGUGCAAGUCUUGCUCUAGUAGAUGCCGGGAUUAUGAUGUAUGACUUGAUCACAGCUGUUUCAGUGUCUUGCAUAGGCAAAAGCCUUAUGAUUGACCCGGUUACAGAAGAGGAAGGCUGUGAAGAUGGAAGCUUUACGAUGACGUGCAUGCCAUCUCGUUAUGAAAUCACUCAGCUAACCAUCACUGGUGAAUGGACAACGCCUAAUAUUAACGAGGCAAUGCAGCUUUGCUUGGAUGCUUGUUCAAAACUUGGAGAGAUCAUGCGGGAUUGUCUGAAACAGGCUGCUUCAGCCUCCGAUGAAUGAACAUAAUCAAAGAUGUAAUGGAUUUUAAAUCGUAGCUGAGCGAUAGUAUGAAACUGGAUAAGCUGUAGUUAAAACCGAUGUAUUUCUUUUCACAUGAGAUUUGAUGGGGCUAGAUCUUUAGUUAUGAAAUGAAUCCAAUUUUGUAUCCCAA